AUGAGUGAUAUAGAUCGAGAUAUAGCUCAACUUAAGAAAUGUGAAUAUUUGAGCGAAAACGAGGUUAAAUUACUGUGUAAUAAAGCCAAAGAAAUUCUCAUCGAAGAAUCCAAUGUACAAUAUGUCGAUUCGCCAGUUACAGUUUGUGGCGACAUCCAUGGCCAAUUUUAUGAUUUCAAAGAGUUAUUAGAGGUGGGAAAUGACAUUCCUCAGACCAGCUACCUGUUUAUGGGAGAUUUUGUUGACCGAGGUUACUACUCUGUCGAGACCUUUUUGCUCCUGCUAUGUUUCAAGGUCAGGUAUCCUGACCGCAUAACUCUUAUCAGAGGGAACCACGAGUCGAGGCAGAUUACUCAGGUGUAUGGGUUCUACGACGAGUGUAUCAGGAAGUACGGCAGCGUCAACGUGUGGCGUUACUGCACUGAUAUCUUCGACUAUUUUUCCAUAGGAGCUCUCAUCGACAACCAGUUCUUCUGCAUCCACGGCGGCCUCUCCCCCUCAAUCCUCACCAUCGACGAAAUCAGGUGCUUGGACAGGAAGCAGGAGGUUCCUCACGAGGGUCCGAUGUGCGACCUGCUCUGGUCAGACCCUGAAGCGAUGGAUGGCUGGGGUGCUAGUCCCAGGGGCGCUGGAUUCCUCUUCGGCGGCGACGUAGUACGCCAGUUCUGCCACCAGAACAACAUUCGAACUAUCGCAAGGGCUCAUCAACUCGUGAUGGAAGGAUAUAAGUGGUGGUUUAACAAGAGCCUCAUCACUGUCUGGUCAGCUCCCAACUACUGCUACCGUUGUGGAAAUAUCGCAAGCAUAAUGGAGGUGGAUGAGAACUUAAACUGUAACUUCAAAAAGUUUGAAGCUGUUCCACCUGACAAAAGGGGAAUACCUGCAAAAAAACCUCUACCAGACUAUUUUUUAUAA